AUGCGGGUCCCCACGCAGUGCAAGCUCCCUCCUUCCGCUGAGCCGGGCGCAGGUGGCACCGCCCACCGCCGGGCGCAGUGCUGGGACCCUCCUCGCCCUUCCCUCUGCAGGUCAGGGCCUGGCUCUGUCCGGGGACGGAGACCGUGGGGCGGGGCGGGCCCAGGAGCUCCGGGUGCCGAGCAGGGGGGGCCCGGUCGCGCCCGUGAACCCUCCGCGGCUCCGGCCGCCCAGGCCCUGAAGCCCAGCUCCCAGAGCUUCCCUUGCUCUGGCCGCGAGCCUCCUCCCUCCGCCCAGGCCUGCCAUGACCGUGAAGGCGAGAACGCCUACCUGCCGAACCCCACCGCGGCGUCUGCCCCCGCCGCGCCCGCGCCCCGGGCAUUAAUCCCUCUUGCCUGGAGCUCCUGGGGCACCGGACACCUCUGUGGUAGCGCCCAGCGAGGGGCGAGCGGCCCGGGGGGACUCUCUCCCGGACCCUGCGCCCCGCCCCGGGUGGGACGGAGGAAGCGCCCGCGACUCGCCGGCCCCCGGCCCUCCGAGAGAACGCCUGGGGUCGGGCGCCGGGGGCUCGCGAGGGUGGGGCGCGCCCUGGGGCUCCCCNCGCCUCCGGAGCAGCGUGGGCGGCGGGCAGGGGGCCGAGGUGCGGGGUCCAGUGGGCCGGACAAAGGCGCGAGGGUGGGGGCUGUCGACGCACCUGGCCGGGCCGGUCCCCGCCGCCGCGGAGGCGGCUCGGGUCUGCGCCUGACCGGGAGGGGCCGCCGAGGGCGUCUGCGCGGCCUGGAGAGAGGGGUCCCCGCCCAGGCACCGGCUGGGCCCCGGCGGUUCGCGGCGGGCGCUGAUUCAGAGACGGCGCCGCCCCCUCCCCCUCCAGGCCCGGCGCUCCCGCCGGCCGCCUCCCGGCCUGGCCUCCUCUCCGCGGUCCCUCCCUCCGCCUUCCUCCUCCUCCUCCCUGUCUCCUCAUUUCCCUUCCCCGCCGCCGCCGCCGCCGCCGCCGCCGCCGCCUCUCCGCCGUCGCUGCCUCCUCUCCCGGCCCGGCCCCGGCCUCGGCUUCUGUUCCGUCUGCCCCUUCCAGCCGCCCGCCGCCGCCGCCGCUCCCAGCCCUUCUCAGUCCCUGCCCAGGGCGACUCCUCCUCCCCGCACCCAUGGGCGGGUGGCCCUUCUGGCUGUGGCGGCCGAGGGGACAAGUUUGGGGUGUUUAUUAUUCUCCCUCCUAGCAACGAUGGUCAGCCCAGCUCCGAGCCGGCGCAGGCUGCUGGGGAGCGUCCACUGCUCCAGGCCUGGGCCUUUUUGGGAUGGGCUGGCAGUGGCAGGAGCGGCCUGGCUCGGCCGCAGCCGCAUCUCGGGGCUCUGGGGGUUUGGCCCCCCUUUGCCAGCAGAGGCUGUGGCCUUCUCUGGGUGGGGUCUCCGUUCCCACCUGCUGGUGGGGACCUAGGAGCGGGUGACGGCAGAGGGCGGGAGCUGGGCGGGGUGGGGGCUGGGAAGCACCGUGAUGGGGCGGGCCUGCCCCUGGAGAGCGCGCUCCCAGGGCUGCGGGGGCUCGGAGGUGCCCACCUGCUCGGCCUCCAGCGCCUGCCCCUCUGGCUGGACCCUGAGGAAGGGCAGGGGUUCCAGGAUGGGGGGGCUCUGGCAGGCUAG